AUGACCAGCGCAGCCCCUUCAGCAAUGGCUUCCCGCGUCGCGGGGUCUCCAAGCUCGCUUCUUGACCGUGCCGUCUCCAGCUCGUCAUCGUUUCUCAGCGGACGGCCUUCUUUGUCUUCUUCCUCGACUAGCUUCUCCCGCGGGUCAGCUUCGCGGUCUCGUGGCGGACUUUCAUCGAAAGAUCGUAUUAACUCUUCAACCAUCAAUAAAAAAAGCGGACCGCGAGUCAAGGCCAGUCUCGCCCUUGCGCCAGCUCUCAGAAGCGCCGAGAUAUUGACGCAGCACUCUUUCGGCUCGGUCUUCGUGAUUAAGGCUCCACCAGCACUGCGGUCGAUUAAGCGCUUAAUCUCCGUCGUCUCUGCGCGCCCCGCGGCUUCCCGCACCAUCUCUGCGGAGACUUCUGCGGGCGGAAGCGAGGAUAUUCCGGCAGAAUCGAAGCUGCUUUCCCAACAAGUCGAAGAACCGGGAUCGACGCCUGUCCCGGCGAUCGUGCUUCCGCAUCUACCGUCGCGGUUCUCUCUGCCUACUCCACGUCUGAAUCGUCGCGCUUUGCUCGGCAUCGGCGCCGCCGCACUUGGCGCCGCAGCCGCCGCUGAGCUGGGAUUGGUCAACGCGGCGGCGGCGGAAGCGGGGAAGGAGAAGUCCCCGCUGUGGUUCCUCGGCAACGCUAACGGCGGCGCAGUGAGCGUGGAUGGCGGCGCGAAGGCCGCGGCGGCGCCGAAGGGCCCCGAGUCGCGUGUGUACGACGCGACGGCGGUCGGAGAGCCGGCGCUGGUGGGCGAUAAGGAUGGCGUUUGGCAGCGACUUGUGGCGGCUCGAGUGGUGUACUUAGGCGAAGCGGAGAUGGUUCGCGACCCGACAGACAAGGUCGUGGCUCUGGAGAUUGUUAGCCGGUUGAGAGACGAGUGCUUCAAGGCGGGCCGGCCCGUCACCCUCGCGCUCUCCGCGUUCCCGCGAUCCACGCAGCCACUUCUCGACAAAUAUCUCAACAAAAGGCUUUCCGAAGAGGACCUCCAGGUGGCAGUGAGCCAUUGGUCCAAGGGUCGCUUCGAGGAGAUGGUUCCGCUGCUGCAAUACUGCCGCGACUCGGGCGUCCGCCUCUUCGCGUGCGGCGUGCCUCCCAAGAUUCUGCGCACUGUGCAGGCGGGCGGAGUGCAAGCUCUCGCGCCCAUCGACCGCCAGCGAUACGCCCCUCCCCUCGGCGGCUUCCCCGCGCCCUCCUCCCCCGCGUCAACCGAUCCACUGCUCACCACCUCCCCCCCUUCGGCUGCGGCGGCGUCCGCUACGGCGGGGCUGUGGGGGCUGGAGCCGGCGGCGGUGGCGGCGGAGGUGUACUCGCGGGAAUCCGUGUCGCGCACGUCGCUGCCGUUCGGCCCCGGGCCGUACUGGUUCGCGCAGGCGCGCGUGGUGGAGCAACACGCCGUGGCGCGCAGCAUCGACCAGGCCAUGGCGGACGGCGGAAUCGUCGGGCUGCUCGUCGUGCUCACGGGCGCGUCGCAAGUGCGCUACGGAGCCCAAGGGUCCGGAGUUCCUGCCCGGAUCAACAACGGGCAGCUGAAAACUUCCGCCGCGUCGCAACGAGUGGUGCUGCUGAACCCUGAACGGCAACGCAGCCGGGCAGAUAGCGAACUGCCCGAAGCCGAUUUUUUCUGGUACUCGGGCAGCCGCAUGUGCACGCAAAACUGUUUCGACCGGGCAGAAAUUGCGCGCGUGAUGGGCGCGGCGGGGAGAACCUUCGACAACCUACCGCAGGACCUACAAACGGGGAUAGAACGCGGAUUAAUCUCCCCGGACACGCUCCAGUCGUUCUUCGAAUUAGAGAGCCAUCCGCUAGUCGCGGAGGCGACGAAGCGCUUCCAGGGGUUGCGGGAGCGCGUUUACGCCGACCCUCGGUUCCUCCAACGGAUAGUAACGGAGGAGGCGAUUAGCAUCACGACGGCGCUGCUCGCGCAGUGGGAGAAGCGGCGCGAUCGAUUCUGGUCGGAGAUUGAGUACGUCGCGACGGACGUUCUGCGAGGCGUUAUCGUUAAUUUCUUCACCGUCUGGUUACCCGCUCCCACGCUCUCGUUCCCCGCCGCUUCUGCCGCGUCGUCAAUCGCGGGCUCCGCAGCAGCAGGCGCGGCGGGAGCAGCAGCGGGCGCAGCGGGAGCAGCGGGAGCAGCGGGAGCGGCGGGGAUGACGCAAGGGCCGGUGCAGCAGCUGGUGUCGCAAGUGGGGGAUUGGGCGGCGACGCUACCGAAGAACGCGUUUCAGAGGGCGACGCAGCCCGGGCAGGACUGGGGGCUGCAGCAGCGGCUCGCGUCCAUCCUCUUUACAAGCGGGAAGCUGUUCACUGUAGGGUUCUCGGCGAGUGUCGGCACUGUAGCGCUGAAUAAUUUGUUCAUGGAGGCGAAAAAUCGCCUGGGAGAAUUGACUGCUGCUGGCGCCACUGGUGCUGCUGCUGGUGGCGCUGCUGCGGCUGCUGCUGCUGCUGCCGCUGCUGCUGGUGCUGCUAACGCGGCUGGCGCAACAAAACGGUCCCCUGUGCUGAAGACUGCAGCAGUCUACGGUGGGUUCCUUGCCACGUCAGCCAAUCUCCGGUACCAGGUGAUAGGCGGGGUGGUGGAGCACUGGAUAGCAGACUACUAUCUAGCCGCCAACCCCAUGGCAGGAGCAGCGCUCUCAAUGAUCGCCCGCACGAUCAACUCCUACUGGGGCUCGUCUCAGUGGGUCGACCUCGCCCCAGCCGUUACAGAGGCUCUCACUGAAGCGCGCCAAGAAUCAGACCAAUCAGAGGCUGUGGCCAUUGACCACUUGAUCUCCACUGCCGCUCCUGCUUCCCCGCUUCCUCUUUCGGCUCUUGGGCUUGAAAUGGCUGAUUCUGAGAGCAGCGAGUGUGGUGGUGCUUGGGGGAUAACGGAUGAGGAGAUUCUCCUCGACACGGCUGAGCUGUCUGUCCCCUCCUCUCCCCCUUUGGGAUCUGUGAUCUCGCUAGAGCACGUGACAAGGGUAGGGGAUGUGGAGCUGCUUCCUCUGGAGUCCUCCAUUCCUCUUGAUUCCCUUGACUUUCUGACUCCUCUUGACUCCCUUCCUACCCUCGACUCACUGCCUUCUCUUGGUUCUCUUGCUGCUGCCGAUUCUUUAGAAAUGCCUGCCGUGGUGCCUGCAGUGGUGCCUGUUGAUAGCCCUGCUGUGACAUCGCAGCAGAAGCAGCGGCUGGGAUAG